AUGUACCUUUUAAGGGACUCAAACGCUGCCAAACUAUUCUCUGAGGAAGCUGCCGCGGUAUACGAACGAGCGACGAGCGGUCCGCUCAAGCAAUCGACUUUAUUGCAUUUCGCGCAUGCUGACUAUGAAGAAAGUCGGCUGCAUUAUAAUAAGGUACACCAAGUGUACACCAGAUACUUGGACAUGGAAGACAUCGAACCUACACUCGCCUAUGUCCAGUACAUGAAGUUCGCUCGAAGAGCUGAAGGAAUCAAAUCUGCUCGAACUGUGUUUAAAAGAGCGAGAGAGGAUCCUAGAUCUCGCUACCAUGUCUUCGUAGCAGCUGCCCUUAUGGAGUACUAUUGCUCAAAAGACAAGAAUAUCGCGUUCAGAAUAUUUGAACUGGGACUCAAGAAAUUCUCACAUAUACCCGAAUACGUGCUUUGUUAUAUUGACUAUUUAUCGCAUUUAAAUGAGGAUAACAACACGCGUGUACUAUUCGAACGGGUCCUAUCUUCGGGUAGUUUGAAGCCGGAGAGCUCAGUCGAUAUUUGGAAUAAAUUUUUGGAGUUUGAGUCGAAUAUUGGAGAUUUAGUGAGCAUUGUCAAAGUUGAGAAAAGGAGACAAGCGGUGUUAGAAAAGAUAAAAGAAUUUGAAGGCAAGGAGACAGCUCAGUUAGUGGACCGAUACAAGUUCCUUGAUCUCUAUCCCUGUACGAUUGCUGAGUUGAAAUCAAUUGGAUAUACUGAGGUGGCAGCUAUGUCAAACAGAUCCUGGGCGCUAGGGGGCGCUUUGGCCGGAAUAUCACCAGAACUUGCCGCUGUCAUUUUGGGACAAAAAGACAACGACCCGAACAAGGAUAUAGCCCGACCCGACACAAAUCAGAUGAUUCCAUACAAACCUAAAUCAAACCCACUGCCUGGAGAACACCCUAUACCUGGUGGGGCAUUCCCCGUGCCUCCAGCAGCAGCUCACCUGUGCACCUUGAUGCCUCCGCCAUCUUCUUUCCGAGGUCCAUUUGUCGCUGUGGACCGAUUAAUUUCACUCUUCAAUAGGAUAUCAUUGCCCGACAGACCACCUGCGCCGACGCAAGAAAACGGAUGUGACACGAAGCUGUUUGAUCUAGCCCGAUCAGUUCAUUGGAUUGUUGAUGAUGACGGCCUGACUACUGUUACAAAUAAGGCCCGAAGAAGAAAAGCCGGCGAAGAUUCUGAUGACGACGAGUUCGGAGUUGCGCCUCCUGUCAACGACAUCUACCGCCAAAGACAACAGAAACGGGUCAAAUAA